GGCGGGGUGGGAGUGAGGGGCUUGCAGCGGGACUGGCCCUUUAAGGGGGUGUGGUCGGGGGGCGGGGAAGCGAGUGAGACAGAGAAAGCGGCUUCGGCGGCGGCGGCGGCUGCGGCGGCGGCGGCGGCGGCUCGGGCGGCGGCCGCGGGGGACAAAGGGCGGGCGGAUCGGCGGGGAGGGGGCGGGGCGCGGCCAGGCCAGGCCCGGGGGCUCCGCAUGCUGCAGCUGCCCCCGGGCGCCCCCGCCGCCGCCCGCCGCGGAGCAGCGCGGAGCCCAGCCCGCGAGUUAACCCGAGCCAGCGGCCCGGAGCCAGCCGGCGGGCGUCCCGGAGGCGGCGGCGCAGGGAGGGGCCCGACGGCGCACGUGGCCCCGGCGGCCGCCAUGGCGGACAGCGGCCCCGCGGGGGGCGCGGCGUUGGCAGCCCCGGCCCCUGGGCCGGGCAGUGGUGGCCCAGGGCCCCGCGUCUACUUUCAGAGCCCCCCUGGGGCUGCAGGCGAGGGCCCAGGCGGCGCGGACGACGAGGGCCCAGUGAGGCGCCAAGGGAAGGUCACGGUCAAGUACGACCGCAAGGAGCUACGGAAGCGCCUCAACCUGGAGGAGUGGAUCUUGGAGCAGCUCACUCGCCUCUACGACUGCCAGGAAGAGGAAAUACCCGAGUUGGAGAUUGAUGUGGAUGAACUCCUGGACAUGGAAAGUGAUGAUACCCGGGCUGCCAGGGUCAAGGAGCUGCUGGUUGACUGUUACAAACCCACUGAGGCCUUCAUCUCUGGCCUGCUGGACAAGAUCCGGGGCAUGCAGAAGCUGAGCACACCCCAGAAGAAGUAAGGGUCCUCGACCCACAUGAAUGGUGGCUCCCACAGGACAAUCGCUGCCCCCCGACCUCGUAGCAACAGCAAUACCGGGGGGCCCUGCGGCCAGGCCUGGCGCCAUGAGCAGGGCUCCCCGUGCCCCUGGCCCAGGGGCCUCUUCCCUGCCCCCUCAGUUUUCCAUUUUGGGGUUUUUUAUUGUUAUUAAACUGAUGGGACUUUUUGUGUUUUUAUAUUGAUUCUGCGGCGCGGCCCUUUAAUAAAGCUAGGAUAUGCCUUUGGUGCA